GUAUCCACUGGUUCAUUUUUAAGCUUCCCAUUUGUUCAAGUAAACGCCAACUCUUAUUGCUGGAUUUUCAUCGUUUAAAUAAAGGGAAAGACCCUAAAUAUAUUCAUAAAUCAAAAAUCGUAUGCAUUUAUUUUUGUGCUGACAGAAAAAUCUUAAUCAAGUAUCAAGUCAAGUAUUGGAACGUAUUCAAUCCAGGUGGAGAUCUAAGCUACAACUAGCUGCGCAUUUUUUUAAAAUCAGAGUCGAUAAGACAGUUAAGCUACAACAAUGGAGAAUUGGCUGUCCUUUUCCUAUAAAAAACUUACUGAGGAGGCUGAUUUUGCUGACUGCUGUGUAAUUGUUGGAACGCGGAGAUUUUUAUGCCACAAGGUGAUAUUGGGCGUGGCUUCGGAUUUCUUUAAGCGUACGUUCCAGCCUGGUUUUGCAGAGGCAAAGACCGGGGAGCUUAUCCUAACCGAUGUCACGGAGGACAUUUUCGAAAAGUUCCGGCUAUACGUCUACGCUUACGACAAGAAGAUUCUCGGUAGUUACAGCAACAUGGAUAUCAUCAAGCUGAAGGAGUGCGCCAACAUGUGGAUGGUUGAAUCGCUCAAAAUGGCCUGUGAUGAGAUCUUCAGGCAAAGAUUACCCAGCAUGACAUACACGGAUUUACUACUAUUCUUUGAGCAUGCGCACCACGUACAUGACAAGGAUCUUAUCCAGCAGAUAUCCAAGUAUUUGAAAUGUAAAAUCACAUCGACAUCGCUUCCCGAAGUCAUUUAUGAACUGGGUUCAGAUGUGUUUAGAGAGUUUUUGAUGCUCAUAAAGGGCAGUUUAACUGAAAAAAAGAGAUAUGACAUGGUGGAGAAGUUUGUUGGCGUUCAUGGGUUUGUUCUCAACCAAAGCGAUUCCAACAAAUGGGAGUUUCAUGGAUUCUCCAAUAAAAGCGAGACAAAACCAAGCGAGUCUCCAGCAAUUAAGUUCGGAUCUGGCAGUCAAAGCGAGAAAAACGAAGACGACUAUGCCAACCCAAAUCCGUUUAAGGUCGAGAAAUUAAACUUUUCUGGAAGUAACUCUGUACCCUUGGAUCCCAGGGCAAAGAAAAUCAAUAGCGAGUAUGUCAAGAACAUUGUGGGUUUGAUCGACUUCACAAAAAUGACAGCCAACGAGUUCUUUGAGGGGCCUGGAAAAUCCAAAAUGAUGACCUUUGAGGACAAGUUCAAUUUUAUGUAUAAAAUAGCUAAACUAAAUGCACGAAAUUGGUAAAUUCUUAAAACCGUGAAUUACGACAAAGGCCAUAAAAACCAAGCUUUAAAUACGUUUUCGUUCCCACUUAUUAUCAAUAUUAAAAAUGUACCUUUGUAAGCUGAACAACUUUUGUUUAAAACUUCUAUACAAGAUUGUAAUCGUUUAUAAACAAAAUUGUUGAAACUAUCUUCACAAAAAUAAAAAUCAAUCGAUCGACUUCUAUUAAAGCCGUUAGCCUACAACAACGGUUCAAACAUAGAUAAAAAGAAACAACAAUA